AUGUCGUCUAUUCAGAAGCUUAUCUACCACUGGAAGCAGGGUCAGUUUAUCCCCGGAGGAAAACCCCCUCAGCCGCUCAACAAUGAGGUCAAAGAACAACGCCUCUCGAAAUUAAACAGCGACGACAUAAUUGCCCUGGAAAUCACAAAAGGCAUUUCCAUUCUCGGGGACGCUGUAGAGGCGUUCAAGAAAACGCAAGAGUUCAAUAAAGACCCGACCUCAUUUAUCGGUGAUGCUCGUGACGUCCUCAUGAGCGAUGAUUUUCUAUUGCUGGCCGAUGUGCUUCGCCUGAUAUUCCCAGAAGGGAUGAUUAGCGAGGUGUGGCAACUUAAGCGUGGAAGAGAUGAGGAUCUUGAUACUCAAGACGAUGCUUGUGCACCCGGGAACAGACGAAUUUUCAUGCCGAUAUCAAAGAGACCGAGGUUUACAAAUGGGCCGAAAGCUCAAGAAAAUAAGGCAAGGGAACUCUUUAGUAUGCCUGCAUCGCAACUGAGAUUUGCAAAUGGGCCUGAAACUCAACGAGAAAAUAAAGCAGGGGGACUCUUUAGUAUGCCUGCAUCGCAAUUGAGUUUUGCAAAAGGGCCUGAAACUCAACGAGAAAAUAAAGCAGGGGGACUCUUUAGUAUGCCUGCAUCGCAACUGAGUUUUGCAAAUGGGUCUGAAACUCAACGAGAAAAUAAAGCAGGGGAACUCUUUAGUAUGCCUGCAUCGCAACUGAGUUUUGCAAAUGGGUCUGAAACUCAAGCAGAGGCUACAAGAUACACCGGCAUCUUCGGAGCUAAAGACAAAGAUGCCAAUAAUUCACCAGCUCUACAACGUAACGACAUCUUCAGUCAACGGAUGAGUUUCGCUCCAGAGAAACCUAAAAGUCCGCUAUUCUCUGCAGGUAUCUCGGGAACUAAAGAGAAGGCCAUAGUGGAUAAUCUCUUGAGCUCGAUGGGAGCCGAUGAUGUUAAUAAGAUAUUAGCACAGUUACAGCUUCGUCAGCAAGGUAUAAAACGGAAACAUGAGAAGGAAGAGGAAACAACAAAUAAGAAACAAAUUAAUACGCAGGAACCUCAUAGCUUAAUUUAA